GCCUCCUCUACGCACACCGUCACCCUAGAGCCUGCAGCCAAUCUGCGUCGUCCACGCCAGCAGGCUCCCCCAUCUGCGAGCGAGAAACAUGUGCGCGCGUGUGUCCGUGUGCGUGCGUUGCGUGUGUCUGUCGUUUGCCAACGCACCACCACACACACACGCCAGUCGCAGGCCCAAUCAUCUCCGGCGCCGCCUCCACCUCGCUGCUCGUCCUGCAUCGCGUCCUCUGCGCCAAUCACCGGCUGCCAGACCACCGCCCGCUUCCCCCUACCGACUGUCAGAUGGCAUCCUCGGCCGCGAGAGGCAGAGCAGAUGGGAGGCAAAGCAACAAGGCGCAGAGAGACGUCGCAGGUCUUGCUGGCCACCGUCCCCCAGCCACCAGUCAUCGGUCACGAGUCGCGAGCCGUUACCAGCCGUCACCGACCCUCAACUCCAGCUGGCGCCGGCCCGGGUCCGGCCUGACCGACCUUCGCAGGGAUUGGGCUGGCUUUGCCUCCUUUGCCUCCUUUUCAAGCGCUUUCCUUCAGCCAUCCAGUCCCUGCAUUUGCCUCCAUCAUAUCUAUCCUGUUCUGUAGUAAGAGUAAUCUUCAGCGGCGUCCACGCUGGCUUGCGAAACGUCCCCGGCCCAUGCCUGUGUCCCGGUCGUCCCAGCCCAGCCUCGGGGUGAGCCGCCCGCCCGGUGCGUUGGCCCUCCGUCCCCACACCCGGCCCACCUCCGUCCCACCUCCGUCCCAACAGUUCACCAGAUGCCGACCAGCUUUGUCCUCUCCGUCAUGUCUCUUCGUCAUUGCUCGCCCAGGAGCACAGGCCCUGACGAUACAUACAAGUUGAAGUAAAACAAUAGUAAGACGCACAGUCAGAAUCAAACGUGGGAUGAUCCGCCAGCUGGCCUAGCUCUCCCAGGAACCACUCUUCCAUUUCCCGUUCCAGCAUCGCACAGCGCCGUGUCGAACCAUGCA